AUGAAUAGGCAUGCUCAACUGAUCAAACUAGGACUCAGCGCCAACCCAAUCUUUGCCACCCGGCUCAUUAACGACUACGCGCGUUCUGCAACUUCAAACUCACUGAGUCAUGCACACCAACUGUUUGAUGAAGUUCCCAAUAAAGACACAGUCUUAUGGACCUCUCUCAUUGCAGCAUACACUCACUCAAACAACCCCUACAAAGCUCUUCAACUCUUUUCAGUCAUGCUCCGGCAGCCGGAGUCUACUGAGAAGCCCAAUCACUUCGUUUUCGCAACCAUUGCUCGCGCCAUUGCUUCGUGCCCUGAACACAUCGUCCUGGGCCAAUGCAUUCAUGCCCACGUGAUUAAAUCCGGGUUUUUACCUGGCAAUGUUAUUCUUGAGACGUCUUUAGUCGAUGUGUAUGCGAAAUGCCAUGUGGUUGAAUAUGCACGUAAGAUGUUUGAUGAAAUGGCUAGCAGAAAUUUGGUCACUUGGAAUGCAAUGGUUUCUGGGUAUGUUCAGAAUUAUAUGGAAGUUCAUGGGUUGAACUUGUUCUGUACAAUGAAGUGUGUGGAAUUUUUGGUUCCAGAUGAGUUUAGUGUUGCAACUGCGUUAACAGGGUGUGCAUGGAUUCAAGAUUUAGUGAUGGGAAUGCAGGUCCAUGGAUAUGUUAUAGUCAGUGGACUUGAUUCAAAAUGUAAGAAUUCAAUCGGAAAUAUGUAUUUUUGGUGUGGUGAAGUUUGUAGUGCCGAGAGAGUUUUGAGUGGAACAGAGUGUGAUAUUGUCUCAAAACUUAUAAAGAUAAGAGGUUAUGCCCUAAAUAACAGAUACUUUGAUGUUUUGAACUAUAUUGCUCUGGAGUGUGAUAUUGCUGAAAUUUUAAAUAAGGAUAACAGUGUAGUUGUGCCUAUUCUUAAUGCUUGUGCAAACCUCUCUCUAACCAAAGUCGGAAAGCAAGUGCAUACUCUUAUUAUUACUUCUGGUCAUUCUAAUUAUCAUUUGUCGGAGAACAAUGCAAUUAUUGCAAGCACUCUAAUUGAUAUGUACUGCAAAUGCCGUUGUAUUAAUGAAGCUUCAAAAAUAUUCAAAAAUUGGUAUCACACCCGAGAAAUCUCACCUUGGAAUUCAAUUAUAUCAGGUUACAUAUAUAACGGUUAUAUUGAAGAUGCUAUAAUGCUGAUGGAGAGUAUUCCUGAGAAAAAUGUUAUUUCCUGGACUGCCAUGAUCUCGGGGUAUGUACAGAUUGGUAGGCCACAUGAAGGGUUAGAAUUACUACACAAAAUGUAUUCUGUUGAAGAGAAGAUAACAGUAGAUGGAAACUGUAUGACAUUUGUGGUUGGGCUUGAAGCUUGUAGCCAUUUAACUGAUUUUAGUAGAGGAAAGCAAAUUCAUGCUAAAAUCAUUCGCACCCUAAAUUAUGCUGAUACUAGUAAUGUAAUUGUUGGGACUGCUUUGGUGGACAUGUAUUCUAAAUCAGGAUAUAUGCAGUACGCUCAAAUAGUCUUCGACAUGAUGUUGGAGAAAAAUGUUGUUGCAUGGACAUCCAUCAUCACGGGAUAUGCAGUUAAUGGUUUCGGUCUCCGAGUCCUUGAAACUUUCAAGCAGAUGAUUUCAAUGGGUGUUGAACCAAAUGAAGUGACAUUUGUGUCUGUAUUAACUGCUUGCAGCCAUUGUGGUUUGGUGGAUGAAGGUUUAUACUAUUUUAAGCUCAUGAGGGGGAAGUACAAAUUGGUUGCAAGGGAAGAUCACUACACAUGUUUGAUUGAUAUGCUAGGACGUGUUGGAAGGCUCGAGGAUGCAUGGAAUUUGCUGAAAGAAAUAGAUGACAAAGAUAUUGGUAAUUUUUCUGUUGGCACUGUUUGGGCUGCUCUGUUGGGUGCUUGCCACUUACAUGGCAACGUAGAAUUGGGAAGCAUAGUAGGAAAAAAGUUGUUGGAAAAUAGAAAACAAGGGUCAACAACUUAUAUAACACUUUCUAAUGUUUAUGCGGCGGCACAGAUGUGGAAUGAAGUGCAAAACGUUAGAGAAAGCUUGAGAAAUGAGGGUAAUGCUUCUCCAGAACCAGGUCUUAGUCGCAUUCAUGCAAAGCAAUAA